AUGGACCCUUCCCUAGAAUUGCAAAACGGAAAAUAUGUGUGGGAAAUAAAUUGGCAUUUGGAAAAACUUCAAUAAAAAUUGAAGCAGGUGGUCGUUAAACCCUAAAUACUGAACAAAAAUUUACUUGCACGAAGGUUUUGGUCCUAAGCUAGUGCAAACCGUCCUUUACCAUUCACAGUGUUAAAGAGCCUUCACAUAAGCUCUUGCCUGGUGUCGUCCUUUGGCGUAUAAUCUCUUCCAGGUUGUUCUUUUGCAUUCUGUCUGUUAAGUGCCUUGUUUAACGUCAAAAUGCUGACUGGUGGGGGCAGUUUGGUGAAUCGAGCGCCUGUAUUUUCAAGUGAUGGCAAGAAGCUGCUAGUACCCACCGAUCAAACUGUUUCAGUUUACAGUGUGGCCACAGGUCUUCUGGUUUCGGAGUUGGUAGGGCACAAAGGGCAAGUCACAACAGUAAUUUUGGGACCUCCCGAUGCGAAUGGGGAUAUGAAAAAGCCUUUUUGCCAUUGCUGGACGUCAUCUUUGGAUGCGACUAUACGCAUUUGGGACUAUGACUCCGCCACGUUACUUCACACUAUUCAAAUUUCUCGCCCGGUUGUUUCAAUGGCAAUUCCAGAUUUCUUGAGGUGCCCGAUCACCCAUGAUAAAAAGCGGAAGGAUUUGUAUGCAUUUCUCUCACUUGAUUGGAAGGAAACCCAGCUUAGUGAUUGGGGUGGACGUCUAAUGCUUCAUAAUCUGACUAAAAUGAAGGAAAUAAAAGGGCAAAUAAAACUGAAAUAUCGAUCACGACUUGUUGUAGUUAGUCCCUCAGGUAAAUAUAUUGGAGUAGCAGACAGGAUGGUAAUUCAUAUUUUGAAGACUCCAGAUGAAGAGAUUGUUAAUGCCAAAGAGGUGAAGAAGAUGCGGCUGCACCAUCUGAAAAAGUUUUCUACUCUAGCUUUUCAUCCAUCUGACACAAUUCUUGCUGGAGGAGAUGUAAGUGGUCGAAUAUUAAUAUGGCGAGGGAUUGGUGAACGUUCAUUGUCUUCAGAAAAUAUUACUGAGGAAGAUGGAGAUUUAUCACAUCACAUGGAGAGGUUUGAUGUUAGGGCAAAAGAUGAUGCCAUUUCUAGGACGACAUGGCACUGGCAUCACAGUGCUGUGAACUUUCUUUCUUUUUCCUCUGAUGGUGCUUACCUGUAUUCAGGUGCAAAGGAAGGGGUUUUCGUGAUAUGGCAGCUGGAGACUGGAAAGAGGCAAUAUUUUCCACGUUUGGGAGGCCCUCUUUUAUUCCUAGCAGAGUCUCCUGAGCCAUCUCUUUUUUCGAUUUCUUGUGCAGAUAACAAAAUCUUGUUUGUGAAUAUUUCAACUAUGAGUAUCAACAAGGCUAUCGGAGGUAUCAAGCCCCCUUUUUCUGUGCAAGAAAAAUUUCAGCAUCUGUCAAAUUUUAGUCCUGCAGUCGAUUACAAAGCAGGCAUGCUUGUCCUGCCAGCAGAAAACCACAGCGUUCAAUUUUAUGAUUUAUAUUAUGAUCGAGCAGUUACAGAGGUUCAGGUUUCUCGAAGAAAUUAUAUCCCCGCAAAUGAAACUACGGUUUUAGUCAGCCUUGUGGCAUUGUCAGGAGAUGCUUCUGUGAUGGGUACAGUUGAAUUUAAAGUUGGAGAAGAUGGUAUUGGUCAUGGAUUUUCUCUAAAAUUCUGGGCAGCUGAAUCUGGACACAGAAAGUUCUCAUUAUCAACUAUUAUUGAUGAACCUCACAGUGAUGCAGGAAUUUCUGACCUUGUAUUCCACCCGUGGAUGAAUAUGGCAGUGAGUACUUCUAAUGGUGGGAAUUUCAAGGUCUGGAUUGAAAGUAAAAAUAUUUCAAGAGAUCACAGUUCUGGGCAGAGUCAUGGCUGGAGAUGCCAAUCUGUUGGAUCUUAUAAACAAAAAGCUAUGCUAUGUGCUGCAUUUUCUGCUGAUGGAUCUCUUUUGGCUGUCGGUGCGGGUGGUCUUGUGACAUUUUGGAAUCCGAAGACAAAUAGUCUUGUUUUUGUAAUUGGGGAAUCUCUGCAGUUCACGUCGAUCUCAGCACUAUCGUUCAUUCCAAAAUCACAAUUUCUUGUAACAGUCUCUAAGGGGUCAAGUCCACGCCUUUCUGUUUGGAAUCUAUCAACAUUAUCUAUUUGGUGGUCGUAUUGUAUUUCAGUGGAAGCAAUUGCCACUGAUCCAAACAGACCAAAUUUUGUUGUUCUGGUAUCUUUACCUAUUCAUGUUAGAGACAAAUUGAAAUUGAAAGAAGAUGCUGUCAUUGUGUUAUUUACCAUGGAGGACCCCAUUCCAGUUGCUGCUUGGGCUGUGAGAAAAGGAAUUGGUGGCACAGUCAUCUUUAUUCAAGAAAGUGCACUGUCGUGUGAAGAAAAUGACAUUGACAAGAGCAAACAAGCAGACAGCAGGCUUGUCUUUUUGGACAGGGACCAUGCAUAUGUUGUUUUCAAUCCAUAUAAUAGUGAUGACAACGAAGUUCAAUCAGUCUCUCGAUUAAGAUUCUCUUCUAUGGAUGAUCCAGGUCUGUCAGGAUACAAGACUAUGUUUGGUAACAUUGCUGCUCAGGAAUAUAAUAUCGAUAAAUCUAGCUCCCAUAUGGCCAACCAAAAUGGUAUUCGUGCUGCCACAAAUCAUCCUUGGGAGAGUGUAUUCAAUAUGCCUUCGCAUGUUCUUCCUCCUCUCACCAGACUGGGAACUGCAUUUUUUGAGUCCCUUUUGCAGAAGAGGUCAAGCAAAGAGUCGUGACCGUUGCAUUGUUUGCGAUGUUUUGCCAUUCAGGCAUCUUGAAAUAUGCAUUGCUAUACUUGGCCAUGGUUGUAUAAACCAGCUUAAAAAUUAGUAUAAACCAGCUUAGAAAUAUGUAAUCACUAGAAAAGCAUGUAAAAUGCUCAAUAUAUGUUUUUGGCAACUAUAUGGAAUUGCAAUGGAUAUAAGUUUUUUUGUUUUAAUCUCUGUAAAUGAAGCUGCCGAAGGUUUGCUUGUAUAUUAUGAAAGACAGUGCUGGUUAGUGUUCUUUUGGCGAUGGGAUCUUGGUUCACAUAGAUUUAAUGCAAGGUGUCCACUAGUAACCAUCAUUGUUUGUUUCUUCGACUGUAUUAUGGGAGACGCAUAUGUAAGCAGUUUUCUUUGUUGCAAUCUUUGCCAUCAACUAUGGAUUAUUACAGAUUGUAGCAAAUGACAUUUUCAAAAGGUGCUUGGAGCUCAUGAUGUUACAUUUAUGUAGAUCAUGGAGGGUGCAAAAUUUCAUAAACGAUCACCACCGGUUAUGAUCUUGGAAAGGAUACUGGCUAUAAGUUAAGCAUUUAAAAGUUGACGGAGAAUGGAAGUAGUAUUUGCUUUGGCAUAUUCACUUGAUUGCUGGACAUAGCUUUAUGCAGGGCAGUGCUGACAUUAUUAUGCAUACAAUUUUAUUUUUUCUAGCUUUUAAUUGAUUAAUUAUUUCACUUCA